UCUCAUACAUCUGCACAUCGUAGAAGAAAUAGUCACCAUGGCACCCCCAAAGGAGAAUGUUCAGGAUCAGAUCAAGGAUGCUGACAAUGUAACCAAGUACAAGGCUGCGGCCGAAGUAGUGAAGGUUGUAUUAAAGGAGGUCGUAGACAUGUGUAAGGAGGGAUGCUCUGUUGUGGAAAUCUGUGCUGUAGGGGACAGUCGUGUCAACGAGGAGGCACAGAAGGUGUACAAGAAGGGUUACACUGACGAAGAGAGUGGCAAGACGAAGCAGAUCCCUCGAGGUGUUGCUUUCCCCGUCUGCAUUACGCUGAAUGAAAUGGUAUGUCACUACUCACCCCUCCGCUCCGACGAGGGCGUCACGCUAAAGGACGGCGAUGUGGUAAAGAUUGAUAUGGGAGCACAUGUAGACGGAUUCAUGGCUCUUGCUGGUACCACUAUCGUUGUAGGAGCGGACGCUACAUCACCUGUCACUGGCCCUGCUGCUGAUGUGAUUAUGGCUGCAUACAAUGCCUCCGAGGCUGUGCUCCGAACCAUUAAGGCUGAAAAGACCAACUUCGACUGCACCGAGCUAAUCGAUCAAGUCGCUGAAGAGUACGGUGUCAAGGCCGUUACCGGUAUGGUGUCAUACCAAAUCUCUAAGAACGAGAUAGCUGGUGCAGAGGCUAAGGUUAUCCCGCAGGCGCCCGAUGCCGAGCGAAGAGCACAGACAAAGAAGGCCGAAUUUGAGGUUGGAGAUGUGUUCGCCAUCGACAUCAUUAUGAGCACUGGAGAUGGCAAGCCAGUGGAGAAGGGAGGACGUACCACCGUGUUCAAGAAGACCAACACACGAUUCACGCUCAGAAUGGCUACCAGUCGUGCCGUGUACAGUGAAAUCAGCAACAACUUCACAACGAUGCCUUUCUCUUUAAGAGCAUGCACCGACGAGAAGAAGGCCCGAAUGGGUAUCGUCGAGUGUCAGAAGCAAGGAUUAGUAGAGUCAUACCCUGUCAUGAGCGACAAGGAAGGUGCCUUGGUUGCCCAGUUCAAGUACACAGUUAUGCUUACAAGCAACGGUGUUGUUCGCUUGACUCCAUCUAUUUUCGAUGCUGAAUCUGUUAAAUCCGAGAAGUCUAUCGAGAAGGAGGAGCUCAAGGCACUGCUUGCCGAGGAGAUGGAGGUGAAGAAGAAAAAGACGAACAAGAAAAAGAAGCCCAAAGCCAAGACAGCAACCACUGAGGCAUAAACGUGUACUAAUCUAGAUAAAUAUUCAACGCAACAUCUUCCAACUAAGAAAAUUUCUUGAGUAGUACAAAGCUAUACACAGAUGUACAUAAUAUUGUUCCCUGACGUGGUAUCGCAAUGUACAUAUGGAUCCACUUAUAUGGUAUUUA